AUGAUGGUCAACUUGCGAACUCAGAAGCGCCUCGCCGCGUCGGUCAUCGGCUGCGGUGAGCGCAAGAUCUGGCUCGACCCCAACGAGGUCAGCGAGAUCUCCAACGCCAACUCCCGCCAGACCGUCCGCAAGCUCAUCGCCGAUGGCCUCAUCAUCCGCAAGCCCGUCACCAUGCACUCGAGAUCCCGUGCUCGUGAGCUGAACCUUGCCCGCCGCAUCGGUCGCCACCGUGGCUUCGGUAAGCGCAAGGGUACCGCCGAGGCUCGUAUGCCCAGCCAAGUCCUCUGGAUGCGCCGCCUCCGUGUUCUCCGCCGUCUCCUCGUCAAGUACCGUGCCUCCGGCAAGAUCGACAAGCACCUCUACCACGAGCUCUACCACGCCAGCAAGGGUAACACCUUCAAGCACAAGCGUGCUCUCGUUGAGCACAUCCACCGUGCCAAGGCCGAGAAGGCCCGCGAGAAGGCUCUCAAGGACGAGAUGGAUGCCAAGCGUGCGAAGACCAAGGCCGCCCGCGAGCGCAAGCAGGAGAGAGCGGCGGCGAAGAGGAACGCUCUGAUGGGCGAGGAGGAGGAGACCAAGUAG